AUGUCAGCUAAACGAAGACUUGCUGAUCUUCUGCAACUGAAGAAGUGCACGUGCUCGCGCGCAAUUCAAGCGAACGAGCUGCGCUUCUUCGCAUGGCCCGGUGCAAGAUUCCAAGGGAAGUCGUCAGGGAAAGCUGGUGCUGGCCGCCCCGGACCCCAGAGACUUCUCCCCGAUCUACAAGCGGAACUGAGCGGCUUGGGUGCCGCCGAGUGUCCCCCUGCAAAAACACCAACGUCAAUCAGACCGAGCGUUGUCACUGUCGGCCAGAGUCACGCCUUCGCGCACGCCGACAUCAUUGAAGACACGGUGCGCCAACGUCCCUCUAAAGGUGCGCGCCACGCAGCGCUGCGCUUGGAGCGGCUUGAGAACGAGUUCCAGUACUGGCGAUUCGUUGGGUCAAGCGGAACGCCCUGA